AUGUCAUUUGAGAAAAACAAUCGAGUCUCGCGAGACAGGCAACCGUCACAUUUCCGACGCGCCUCGAAAUUCGACCAUUACGAUAUACCCGCAAAGCUCCCAUCACCCCCUCAAGAAGAUGGUCCGCAUCCACGGCACGCUAUUCGCCCAAGAUCUCUAGCCGAUGCAUAUAGAGACGUAUCGAAAAACACAAUGUCCACCACAUACGACGACGAAUACCAAUAUGUGACAACACCAAGCCCGCGAUCGAAGCGGCAGCCGAUUAACGCGUUCUCGCCCAUAUCUCAGACUUCCCCUCCUCCUAAGGAACUUGAGGACGCAUAUAGGCGAAUUGAUGAAGAUGACGCUCUAGCCGAUCUGGUGCGCGACUAUGACUGGGAGCCACAGUUCAGCGCACGCUCCGGAAGCCGAAGUCGCCCCCAAGCAAAGGACACAAAUAACGGCAGAGGAUCUGCCAAUGGACGGCCCUUAUCCGACGCUGGUUUUAGCGAUGAACUCGGUGACCAUCGAGCCCGCAAGAGCAGGGAUUAUACCAAGGAUGAAGAGCGCCUAAAGCGCGUCACAGGACAACGCUCGCCGGUCUUCAGCAGGGCUCAGGUCGGACGGGAUGCUCUAACGGCAGAUAAUUUGAGAAGGCGAAUGGAAGAUAAUAUUGAGGCAGACAAUCAUGCACAAGAGGCCGACAGGAACGGUGUUCCUUCGCCCAAUAUACCCACUGGUUGGGGUCAUCGGGCAGGUUACCGACAAGAAUGGGAGAGAAAACCCAUCCAACGUAGUCUCUCUGAAGAAGAAAAGGAAAAGGCGCGUCGACUCUGGUCGCCACCUAUCACGGAAGAAACCGAAGCCCCCAAGCUUACGCGUACCUCACCUCGUUCUCCGGCGCGGAGCACACUUUCUGCUAGGAGCGCUUUGGAAGAACGCACUGCCAAUCCGCAUAUGCAGGCAAAGCAGGAGGACUUUGGGGAAACGCAGUCUGGUGCAAAGCUGACCUCGCCCAUUAGUGGUGGCGAGGCAAUUCCCAAUUCCCCUAUCACAGUAUUCAAAAACUUGUCAUUCGCGAGGCCCAACCCUAGCAAGCGCGACUCCCGGGAUCUACUACGCAAACUUUCUCGGACUGAAACCCCCAAAAUUGAUCAUGUUCAAACUCCCGAGCCAUUCAAACUGUUUGAAAACAAAAUCUACGAUAAAACCCCUCGGGUAACUGGCGCAUGGAUCGACACUCCCAUGACCCAGCGGGUGGCUGAAAAGGUCGAGCUUCCCGAAGAUCUGACUAAAGACAUCAUUCCUCCACGCAUAACAGAUGAGCCCAACGAUAUUACACCUCCUACAAAACCCACAGAUGUCAAAUUGAAAGCCGAGGAACCGAAGCCCGCGCAGACUACCAAAAAAGAUCCUCUUCCGGAACCACCCCUUGGGAAACAGUCAAGGCCCCCGUUGCAGCGGCCUCAUCUACCUAAAAGUGCCCUGGAGACCGUCAUUGAGGAUGCCAGCUCCGGCAAGGACCUCGAGUUUGGAGAUGAUACCAUCGAGUCACUUCAAGCACUUAUGGACGCUGGGCCAGGCGAACCCAAAAUCGAGCAAGAUGAUGAAGAUUACGAAAAGGCCGUCGUCGCCCAGCUGGAAAAUGCAAGUUCAAAAGGGAAUGCCGUGGUCAACUUGGAUUCAUUAAAUCUCAAGCUCAACUCUCUAAUGAGACAUAUCGACGAAGUCAAGAAAGGGCUUGACGGACUGGAAGAUAAAGUUACACGAGACACCGCAAUUGUAUCGCAGGAAAGCUCCUCGAUCAAGAAGAGCCUGCAGUCGAGCCCACAGCCAUCACAUUUGCACACGGGCGAAUCAUGCAAAGGGUGCGGCACGCACUCUGAUGGACGAGUCUACGCCGCGAUACCUCUUCCACGGCUGUGGAAGCGGAGCCCGCGAUCCCAACGCCUUCACCCCACCAACCUUGGCUGGUUUAUCAUCGUUUCACUCUCGUGGUAUAUCAUCGAAUGUCUGAUGUGGGACCAGUAUAGUCAUCCCGAGAUAUCCGAAAGAUGCGAAGGCUACUGCCUGCAGCCCGAUGCACCUGAAUACCCCUGGGUAACUGUCACAAUGUUGUGGCGCUGGUCACAUCUAUCAACUGUUUUUGCCCCACUUUUUGCUAUCUGUGUUGCUUUCUCUCGUCUCGUGGCGCAAUUGAUGGGUCUUUCGGAUGGCUACGUGGAUGAUGCGCCAGAGCUUGGAAAUAUCAUUGGCGAAAUCCGCAUCAACGGAACGCCUGUUGCGUUCCCUUGGCUCUCGGCCCCCACACCUGAAACCAUUGUGCCUCAACCACAGCAGGUUCAAUAUACACAGCAGCCUGUGCAACCAGUGCAGCCUGUCUGGUCAGCUCGGAACCCGCCUCCGCAGAUGUGGGAGAAUCAGCUGUCGGGGGAGGAUGCAAUGGACAAUGAUGAAUAUCUUUAG